UGGUGUUAUGACGUCAGGGCUAAUGGGGGCGUGUGAAGAUGGCGGCGCUUAUGAUGAGAGUUGGUCCUGGUCCGUUCGCUUCUGUUCGGGUUCACCGACCUGCUCUGCACUCCUUUGCUGCCGUCGUGCUCAGAUCCGUCAGUGUGUCUGCCACUCAGUCAUUCCCAGAGAGGGUUAAGAUUGUGGAGGUUGGACCCCGAGAUGGACUCCAGAAUGAGAAGGCUAUAGUUUCCACUGAAGUGAAGAUCCGUCUGAUUGAUAUGCUCUCUGAGGCGGGACUUCCUGUCAUUGAGGCCACAAGUUUUGUUUCACCUAAAUGGGUCCCUCAGAUGGCUGAUCAAGAGGAAGUGAUGCGUGGUCUCCACAAGAAACCUGGCGUGAAUUACCCCGUUCUAACCCCUAAUCUGAAGGGAUUCCUGGCUGCUGUGAAGGCUGGUGCAAAAGAGGUGGCAAUAUUUGGUGCUGCAUCAGAGCUUUUCAGCAAGAAGAACAUAAACUGUUCAGUGGAUGAGAGUCUCGUGCGCUUUGAGGAGGUGAUGAAAGCGGCCAAACAAGAGGGAGUUCCUGUGAGAGGCUAUGUGUCGUGUGUGCUCGGUUGUCCAUAUGAAGGGAAGGUAUCGCCAAACAAAGUGGCAGAGGUUGCUAAGCGACUGUAUUCCAUGGGGUGCUAUGAGAUUUCACUUGGCGAUACCAUCGGAGUAGGCACUCCGGGUGGCAUGUCGGAGAUGUUGAAUGCUGUGAAAAAAGAGGUUCCUGUGGAGGCUUUAGCAGUUCAUUGUCAUGACACUUAUGGACAAGCACUUGCUAACAUACUUGUGGCAUUACAGAAUGGGGUAAGUGUCGUGGACUCAUCUGUUGCAGGGUUAGGCGGCUGCCCUUAUGCCCAGGGGGCUUCUGGGAAUGUUGCAACUGAAGAUGUGGUCUAUAUGUUGCACGGACUGGGAAUCCAUACUGGAGUGGACUUGCCCAAACUGUUGGACGCUGGCUCAUACAUCUGUAAUUCACUUAACAGAAGAACAAAUUCAAAAGUUGCUCAGGCCUCCUGCAAACUCUGAAGUCUUUUUUCUCUUCUUAGUGAUCGUAGUCUGGGUUCACUCUUGUAGAGGGUCA